UGUCCCUUAGGAUAUUCACGCAGAAGCACCGCAGGCGUAGAGUGUAACGGAGGAUAGUAUAAUCGCUUCUACAUACAUACUCACAUAUGUACAUAUGUAGCUUCUUUUGACAGCGCAUUUCACAAUAAUUCGCGAUUUUUCGUUACCAUUUUCCGCACUACAAUUAACUGUAUCAGUGAGUCUGCUAAUAAAGCGAAAGUGUGAUGGUGUUGAAUCAAACGAUUAAGGAAGCAAAGCUACCCCUUUUUGGGCGACGCCAUGUACAGUGUGUACUGUUAUUUUUUGGCCUUUCGGUCAUUUACAGUAUGCGUGUGAAUCUCUCGGUUGGCAUAGUGGCGAUGAUGGAUAAUAAAGCGGCGAAUCCGGAUUUUCCAGAAUACAAAUGGUCGGAGAAAACGAAAUCCCGAGUGAUCAGCAGCUUCUUCUGCGGCUACAUAUGUACACAGAUACCAGCUGGCGGUUGGGCGCGACGUUUUGGCGGCAAAGUGAUGCUACUCUUCACGGUCACCAGUAGCAGCAUCAUAGCCAUACUCACACCACUUGGCGUGGGCAUGGGUGAUUGGAUAUUGUUAUGCAUUCUACGUUUUCUGCAGGGCUUCGGUCAGGGCUCCACAAUACCGGCAAUGGCAACGAUAUUAGCGAAAUGGGCACCCGUCGAGGAGCGCAGCUCAUUGGCCACUUAUCUCUUUUCGGGCGCACAAUUCGGUACAGUCAUAAUGUUGGGGGCAAGUGGCGCAAUGUGUUCCUCACCUUUGGGUUGGCCGAGCAUAUUUUAUAUACCCGGCGCACUGGGACUAUCUUGGGCGCUCAUAUGGCUAUGGCUCGGCGCAAGCUCGCCAAGCGAUUGUAAAGCUAUUUCGCAAGCAGAACGCGCCUACAUUGAAUCAUCGUUGAAUGCACAAAAGAAGAGUGCAGAUCAUGAAAUGCCAAGCAAAGUGCCAUGGCUAAAGAUAUUCACCACACCGGCGUUUUUAGCUUUAUUAACAACACACUGCGGCUAUACUUGGGGUUUCUGGACACUGCUAACACAAAUACCGUCUUAUAUGAAAAGUGUACUCGGCAAGGAUAUUAAGAGUAAUGCGCUACUCUCAUCGCUGCCAUAUUUGUCGAUGGUGAUUUUGGGUUUCAUCUGUUGUCCCUUUGUGCGUGCGUUUGAGGAGUCGAAGAUCGUAAGCACCACUGUGAGCAGGAAAAUCUUUAAUACGAUUGGGCAAUGGAUACCGGUUAUCACAUUCAUUUGGCUGGGUUAUGUGACGUCGGAGGAAAGUGAUUUGGCUGUGGUACUUUUAACGGUAACAGUUUCGAUAAGUUCGAUCACACAUUUUGGCUGGCAAGUAAAUCACAUCGAUCUCUCACCACACUUCUCCGGCACACUUGUUGGACUGACCAACAGCGCAGCCAAUGUGAUGAGUAUUAUUGCGCCGCUGGUUGUGGGUUACAUAGUGACAGAUCCGGCCAGUCCGGACCAAUGGCGUAUAAUAUUCUUCAUUGCUGCUGGCUAUAACUUCAUAGCAAACCUACUUUUCCUCCUGUUCGGCUCGGCCAAGAUGCAGGAUUGGCAUGGUGAGGAGCUGAAGGUGAAGGAAAUGAAGCCGCUCAACGAUAGCGCUGUGGUUGUACAGCUCAUGCAGGAAGAAAAGGAGGCUAUUUGAUAGAUUUUGUUUUUAGUUGUUGUUACAUUUGUACGUAUGUAUGUAUGGUUAUAUUUUUUGUGGAGGUUAAACGAUCAGAUGGAAAUCAAAUUUAAUAUAGUCACUAAGUGAUGUUUUCGAAAGAAAAAUAUUGUGUUGCUAAGACUUUUUUCUACAAAGAAAAUACGGUGAAGCAAAUUUCGUAAAAUUAUGAGAACAUCUUGAAAGAACUCUUUUGAAAGAUAUGUCAAGUCACUAAACCUUCUAAGCUAAUAUAUCUCCUAGAUGGAAUUAAAUUGGCCAUUGCGAUUAUAAGAUUUCCCAUCAAAGAAGCUGUACCAUCCGAUGGGAAAUUUUUCGUUUAGGGAAAGGUCAACUAAAGUUAAUUCUGAGGUUAGCGGUAUAUUUUUGCGACUGGGCAAGGAAGUAAUAAAGGCAUUUUCAAUAA